AAAGCCAGGGGCACAAGGGAUUCAAUUUUUUAUUAAGCAGAUAGAGAUGAGUUGUCAUAGAGAGCUGCUGUCCUGAAUCAGGAAUGCAAAGUCAGCUGGCCUGAAAUCAGCAUUGGCUUCAUGCACCCUCAAAAGUUGCUCUGGCUGUUGAUCUCCUCAUAGCAGGCUUUGCAGAACAAAGACUGAGCUAUUCUUUGGGAAGAGCAUGGUACAGAGAAUUGAGCACUUGUGACUCGUGUGGGCAGAGGUAGAUCUAGGGUCUGCUGUGCUGCCCCUUGACACCAGGUCACAAAAAUGAGGUGGGAAGGAGACUGGCACGAUGAGUUGCAGUGGCUUUUAGGUGUAAGGAAUUUCAGGACACCUAAAUUGGGUGUGGAUUUGUCAUGAGUGGGGGCUGGUUUGAGAUGGAGAAACUCUGGAUCAGAGAUGGGUUAAAAUGCAUGCAGGUUGUGCCGGGAGGAUAGACUUGGCUUCAGUUCCCAGCUCUGUCAUAGCCUCUCCCUGUACAUCUCACUUCAUUUAGGCCUCAGUUUCCCCAUGUGAAAAUGGGGCUGUCAUGAUGGUAAAUUCCUGGAAGCUCCACACCUCACAAAGAGUUACCGGCCUGGGCAGCUGUGUAACUAUGGAGGCAGAUAUAUAUAAUAUAUAGUGCCCUGUAAAGCCCUUGAUACCACAAGGCAUCCUGCUUAAAACGUGCGUUCUGCAGGAAUAACAGGCACACAUUAGCUGCCUAAAAACCUGGCUUGCUGACCAAUCUCAAAACCAUUGGUUAAUGGGGGGGAUACCAGCACUUGGUACCAUUUGAACUGAUCCCAAAGGACUUGCUCUUAGCUGAUAUUUUUCUUUGAUGUAGAUGACGAUAUCAAAUCUGAGCUGAUUAAGUUUGCAGAUGACUCCAAGACUGAUGUGAUAUGGCAGCAAAAAAGGCUGUGGGGGGAGCAGGGGGAAGGGGAAGGUGGUUACUCUUACACAGCUGUCUGUCUCAAUAUGACAAAAUGUUUAAUACAGCAAAGCACAAGGUAAUACAUCAGGAGCAAAGAACAGUAACUACCUUUACUGGUCCCUUAGGAAACAGUGUCUCAAGAAGAGAAGGGCUUGAGGUGGUUAUCAAUGAUAACCCUUAACAUGAGCUGUCACUGUGUUGCUGUGACUAAAAGAGACGGGGGACUUUUUGGAUGUAUAUGAAGGGGACCUACUCCGGCGGGCUUUAAACUAGACUCGUCAGGGGAAGGGGAAGAUGAGGGCGGAGGAUACAUCAGACUACCAGACCAAACGGCGCCCACAACUACAGCCCAGCCCAGACCGACAAGCGCAGCAGAUAAACAGAGUUAUGUCAUGCCCAGACCACCACAGGGCUCCAUGAGGAUUUAUAGAAGAUGCCCCGGGUCUUGGCGCCUCUGGUGCUCCUUCUGGUGUGGCUAAUGAAGAUCGCUGCCAGCCCCCACUCCCUGAGGAUCGCUGCCAUUCUGGAUGACCCGAUGGAGUGCAGCAGAGGGGAGAGGCUGUCAAUCACCCUAGCGAAGAAUCGGAUCAAUCGGGCCCCAGAGCGAGCAGGAAAAGCCAAAGUGGAGGUGGACAUUUUUGAGCUGCUGAGAGACAGUGAAUAUGAGACAGCGGAAACCAUGUGCCAGAUUCUGCCGAAAGGGGUGGUAGCUGUCCUGGGACCUUCAUCAAGUCCGGCUUCAAGCUCUAUUAUCAGCAAUAUCUGUGGGGAGAAAGAGGUCCCUCAUUUCAAAGUGGCCCCAGAAGAAUUCCUCAAGUUCCAGUUCCAGCGAUUCACCACCUUGAACCUCCAUCCCAGCAACACAGACAUCAGUGUGGCUGUUGCUGGGAUCCUGAAUUUCUUUAACUGUACCACUGCCUGCCUCAUCUGUGCCAAAGCUGAAUGCCUUUUAAACCUAGAGAAGUUGCUUCGUCAAUUCCUCAUCUCCAAGGACACCCUCUCCGUACGGAUGCUGGAUGACAGCCGGGACCCUACCCCUCUCCUAAAAGAGAUCCGGGAUGACAAAACUGCCACCAUCAUCGUACACGCAAAUGCCUCCAUGUCUCACAUCAUCCUCCAGAAGGCAGCCGAACUGGGGAUGGCAUCAGCCUAUUACACAUAUAUCUUCACUAACCUGGAGUUUUCCCUCCAGCGACUGGACAGCCUGCUGGAUGACCGGGUGAACGUCUUGGGAUUUUCCAUCUUCAACCAAUCUCAUGCUUUCUUCCAAGAGUUCGUCCAGAGCCUCAACCACUCCUGGCAAGAGAACUGUGACCACGCUCCCUUUACAGGCCCUGCGCUGUCUUCUGCCUUGUUGUUUGAUGCCGUUUAUGCCGUUGUGAGUGCAGUCCAGGAGUUGAACCGGAGCCAGGAAAUUGGUGUGAAACCCCUGUCCUGUGGCUCUGCACAGAUCUGGCAGCAUGGUACCAGCUUGAUGAACUACCUGAGAAUGGUAGAAUUGGAAGGUCUCACCGGCCACAUCGAAUUCAACAGCAAAGGUCAGCGGUCAAACUAUGCCCUGAAAAUCCUGCAGUACACACGCAGUGGCUUCAGACAGAUUGGUCACUGGCAUGUUUCUGAAGGACUUACCAUGGACAACAGAAUCUUCUCUUCCAACAUCUCUGAUAGUCUGUUCAACACCACCCUCAUUGUCACGACCAUCCUGGAAAACCCUUACUUAAUGCUGAAGUGGAACCACCAGGAGCUGGAGGGAAAUGAUCGCUAUGAAGGCUUUUGUGUGGACAUGCUGAAGGAGCUGGCAGAGAUCCUCCACUUCAACUACAAGAUCCACCUCGUUGGGGAUGGGGUGUAUGGUGUGCCCGAGGCUAACGGCACCUGGACUGGCAUGGUGGGGGAGCUGAUUGCCCGGAAAGCCGACUUGGCAGUGGCUGGCCUGACGAUUACUGCAGAGCGGGAGAAGGUGAUUGAUUUCUCUAAGCCAUUCAUGACUCUGGGAAUUAGCAUUCUCUACCGAGUUCAUAUGGGGCGCAAACCGGGCUACUUCUCCUUCCUGGAUCCCUUUUCUCCUGGUGUCUGGCUCUUCAUGUUACUUGCCUACCUGGCGGUCAGCUGCGUGCUCUUCCUCGUUGCUCGAUUGACACCAUACGAGUGGUACAGCCCCCAUCCCUGCUCGCAAGGGAGGUGCAAUCUCCUGGUGAAUCAGUACUCCCUCGGCAACAGCCUGUGGUUUCCAGUCGGGGGGUUCAUGCAGCAAGGGUCUACCAUCGCGCCUCGAGCGCUAUCCACACGGUGUGUCAGCGGAGUCUGGUGGGCAUUCACCUUGAUCAUCAUCUCCUCCUACACAGCCAACCUGGCAGCCUUCCUCACUGUGCAACGCAUGGAUGUGCCGAUAGAGUCGGUAGAUGACCUCGCUGACCAGACGGCUAUCGAGUACGGCACCAUUCACGGAGGCUCCAGCAUGACCUUCUUCCAAAACUCCCGUUACCAGACGUACCAGCGGAUGUGGAAUUACAUGUACUCAAAGCAGCCAAGCGUGUUCGUAAAGAGCACGGAGGAAGGGAUCGCCAGGGUGCUGAAUUCCAACUAUGCCUUCCUGCUGGAGUCCACCAUGAACGAGUAUUACCGUCAGCGCAAUUGCAACCUCACGCAGGUCGGGGGCCUUCUGGACACCAAGGGCUACGGGAUUGGCAUGCCAGUCGGCUCCGUCUUCCGCGAUGAGUUCGACCUGGCCAUUCUCCAGCUGCAAGAAAACAACCGGCUGGAAAUCCUGAAGCGCAAGUGGUGGGAAGGAGGCAGGUGUCCCAAAGAGGAAGACCACAGAGCCAAAGGCUUGGGGAUGGAGAACAUUGGAGGAAUCUUCGUAGUUCUCAUAUGUGGCCUCAUCGUAGCAAUUUUUAUGGCAAUGCUGGAGUUUUUAUGGAGCCUCCGGCACGCUGAACAGUCAGAGGUGUCUGUGUGCCAGGAGAUGGUGACAGAGCUGCGCAAUAUCAUCCUCUGCAAGGACAGUUUCCACCCUCGUCGGAAGCGAGGGGGGAUGAUACGGACUCGCCCCGUUAUUCCCGAGGAGCGCCGAGCCCGCAGCACAACCACGCUCAGCAAUGGCAAGCUGUGCGGCGGAGGGGAGCCCGACCCUCUGGCCCAAAGACUUGCACAAGAAGCUGCGCUGGUGGCUCGAGGCUGCACACACAUCCGGGUGUGCCCAGAGUGCCGGAGGUUCCAGGGCCUCCGGGCACGGCCGGCUCCCGGCUCGCCCGCACGAAGCGAAGAGAGCUUGGAGUGGGAGAAAACCACCAACAGCAGCGAACCCGAGUAGAGCGCGGCAAGGGCGUGGGCAAGGAGGGUCGUGUUCCAUUUUACAGAACAUGGACUUGUACAAUGUGAAACUCGUUUUUAAAUUAAAAGCAGUUACCCAGCUUCUCAAGACCAAGACAAAGGCUACGAACCAGGCCCAGCCAGAGACAUUUUGGUAUCUUACCCUAUUUAAGAGGACAUUGCUCCUACUGGAAUACUAAUCACCAGGAGGAAGAUCCUCUGGUUGGCCUAUCUUGAGCAGCUACCCCUCACCUUGAAACUCUGGGGUGGGGAGGAGGGACGCUGAGGGCAAUUCACAUACCAGAUCUGCUCCAACGGGGGGCAAGAGUCAUUGUUGGAAAUUCCCCAUCCUAGGACAAAAGAAAGGACAAUAAUGCCAUCUCUCCCAAUCACAUAGAUUCAAAAAAGGAUGUU